UUUCGUUUUCGGAUCAUCUCGCAUUUUCUCUCUUCUUUUCUCUUUGGCGGUGACAGCGUGACAGCGUGGGAUAAUUAUCCAAACCUGAAAGUGGAAACAAAGUAGCCAAGCAAACGAGCAAAAUUAAAAAAGUUCGUAGUUAUUCGUAUGUGAUUGUGGUAUUGUGAUUCACAUUGCACGGCUGCUUAUGAUAACGACAUUCCAUCGAAAAAUAACUCCAAUAGUGUAAUGAAACUAUAACACCAACAGGCGAACGCUACGACAAAUGAUCGCCUGGUAUGAGUAUAGUGCUAUGUCAUAGAGGUUUGGUAAAUUCGUGUUUCAAUUCGAUUUUAAAAAAAUCUAUGCAUAUUUGAGGCUUGCUUCUUCGUACUUCUGUGCCUCUGUGCUUUUCUUGUAACAUUUACUUAGCAAAAAUCGGCGCAUAGACAAUGAAUUGGUUUCACAUCCUUUCCUUCGUCUACCUAUCGUCACCUUUCCUGUUGCUUAAGGUUGGUGGAUCUGGACUGUUCGAGCUAGAAUUACGUUAUUUUCAAAAUGAAAAGAAUAUCGACCAUAAUGAAAAGUGUUGCUCAGGAAAGGCGACUGAGCUCGGACAGUGCAUCGGCACUUGCAAAACGAGAUUCCGGGCCUGUCUGAAACACUACCAGGCCACCAUUGAUACCACAUCGCCAUGCACAUUCGGUGACGUCAUUACUCCAGUACUCGAAGGAACAUCCUUAAACUUCACAGCUAUCAGCGCAACGACGAAAGAUUUCGAAAAUCCUUUAAGGUUCCCCUUUGAGUUCGGAUGGCCGGGCUACUUUACUCUCAUCAUUGAAGCUUGGCAUGAUACGAAUGAAACGACCACUAGAUCGUCUGGCACUCUUAUUUCUCGUCUCUCGAUACAACGAAUAUUGGACGUUUCUGCAGAAUGGAUGGAAGACAGUUAUAAUUCAUCACACACUAUGAUACGUUAUGCGUUCCGGGUGACGUGUGAUUCGAAUUAUUACGGUCCAGGUUGUGCUAAUUUGUGCCGCAAACGAGACGAUCAAUUUGGACACUACACCUGCUCACCGCUCGGUGAACGCGUUUGUCUAUCCGGUUGGCAGGGUGAAUAUUGUACUUUUGCCCGCUGCACUCCUGGAUGCACUCAUGGACACUGCACAAAGCCAAAUGAGUGCAUAUGCCAGUCUGGAUGGAAGGGACCACUAUGCGACGAGUGCGAGCCGUAUCCAGGUUGUGUGUAUGGAACCUGCAAAAAGCCCUGGGAGUGCCUGUGCAAGGAAGGCUGGGGUGGAUUGUUUUGCAAUCAGGAUUUAAACUUCUGCACUAACCACAAACCAUGCAGGAAUGGAGGCAUCUGUUUUAAUACAGGGCAAGGUUCAUAUACGUGCCAGUGUAGGCCUGGUUUCACGGGAACAGAUUGUGAGUCAAUCAUGACGAGCUGCAGUGAACAACCAUGUUUGCAUGGAGCCAGCUGUGAGCCAGUUCAGCACGGAAAUGUGUCGUUGAAUAUGGAUAGUGAUUUAAAGUAUAGGUGUCUGUGUAUGUCCGGUUGGAUGGGUUCGCACUGCGAGUUAGAAUCUGUAACAUGUGCAGAAAAGCCUUGUCACCACGGAAAUUGCAUCGAUACGAUAAAUGCAGGUGUUGCAGGUACUAAUGUAGCGAAUUUUCGAUGUGACUGCCCACCUGGGUAUAGUGGACCCGCGUGUGAGAUAAAAUCCGGUGAGUGCCAUGCUGGAUUUUGUUUUAACGGUGGAACAUGCCAUGUUGCAGGCUCGUCUUCAAUCUCAUUUGCGAUAAUGUUAGCAUCAAAUGACGGUGGUGUCGGGUCUUUAAUGUGCAUUUGUCCCGAUGGCUUCGUUGGUGAUCGGUGCGAGGAGAACGUUGAUGAUUGUGUGGGUAAUCCAUGCCUGAAUGGUGGCACUUGCAUUGACGGUGAAAAUCACUUUAAGUGCCAAUGCGUUCCAGGGUUCAUUGGGACGCAUUGCGAAGAACGGGUUGAUCUAUGUCUUACUAAACCAUGCGCCAACGGUGGAACGUGUACGAAUCUUAAAAACGACUACAGUUGUAAAUGUCGUGCUGGGUUCGCUGGUAAAGAUUGCAGUGCCGAUGUGGAUGAAUGUGCCUCGUCUCCGUGUAAGAAUGGCGGAACAUGCAUAAACCGCGUAAAUAGUUUCCAGUGUGUUUGUGCCGGUGGAUAUCGAGGCACAAUCUGUGAGCAAGAGCCAUCUGGCGGUAGUGCUGUUCAACGAGCUAUUAGCAGUGUUGGAUUAACUGAUACACUUAUGUCACAGCAUCAACAUUCGCACCAGCAGCUGCGGCACAGAGGGGAUACCACGAAAAUCGAUGACCAUCGCAACGUUGAAGGAUUAAGCAACGCUCAAAUUGUAUUAAUUGCUAUUUUAUCAAUCGCGACUCCUUUGGCUGCAUUUAUAGCGACAGCGAUCGUGAUUUGUCUUAAGCGUAAACGGCAACGCGAACAGGAUAAGGAUGACGCCGAAGCACGCAAACAGAACGAACAGAAUGCGUCGCAUAAUGUGCCUGCGCCACAUCACCUUCACCAUCAUCACCUGAUAUUGCAGCAGCCACCACAAUCAUCUCCCUCACCUACGCAACCUCGCCAACUGCAGCAGCAACAACCGCAGCAGCAACAGCAACAACAGCAAUAUCAUAGUUUUCACAACACCCAUAUAACGACAUCGACAACAAGCCAAAAGCGAAAUGGAAGUAAUACGCUAUCUAGUUUUGAUAGCUCACACCACAUGAUUAAAAACACCUGGGAUAAAAGUGUUAACAAUAUGCCGGUGUCUUCUACCACGUUAAGCAGCACCGUGUCUAGUGGUGCGGUGGCUGGCUGCGGUACUGGCGGAGGAAAUGUGUCGGCAUCGUUAAUUCUAAGCAGCAGUUUAGACGAUACUUGCUUGCAUCAUUCAGGAGUAAGCGGAGGAAAUUCUACCGGGACUUUGUUGUACCUUAGCGCGGAAGAUCCGACGGUAAUGGCACCAUCGUGCGUGACUCUUCAACGAGCCAAAUCGCAAAAGCAGCUCAAUACUGAUCCUACCCUUUUGCAGCAGCAUAACAGUCACCAUAAUACGCUACAUAAUCAGUCGCAAUGUUCUCCAAGUUCUUUAGCGGCAUCAACUUCCCCAGCAUUUACGUCAGGAUCGCCCUUAUCUUCAGGUGUACCAAGCUGUUCAUCAACCAAUCCUGCUGCUUGUGACGGAGGCAUGAAUGGUGGGAAGGAUAUUUUUGAUAAACGCAUAUCAGUUUUAUCUGAGAGUCGCCUAUGUCCUUCUCGUUGGAACGCUCCUGUCGCCAGUAGUCAUUCUAUUGUUGGACCAUGCAGUCCGCCGCAUAUCUAAGUGACCAACGGCGAAAUAUCUAUUACAUGCCAUCAUUCUUAUAUCCAUGCAUGAUUAGUCGCGUCGAUUAGUUUCAAUUUCUAUUUUCCCGAGGUUGCCUGACAUGACCGAACAAUUAGAAACUCCUAUGAGACAUGCACGAGACGAAACAAUGCGUUUAUAUAUAUUCCGAAUUUUUAAUAUUUCUGAUGCGCUAGUAGCAGGCGAAACAAAGGCCACGUAAAGAGAAACACUAAUUCUCAUAUAUCAUUUUUAUUUCUCUUUAAAUGGAAAAAAAAUAUACCUAGGAAAUGUAGAACCGAUGCAUGGAUCGGAUCGAUAAAUUCAGAUAGUUGAUUGAAUUGCAUCUAAUUAAUGCAAAUUAUAAUGUCUACUUCAUCAAGUCAUGUAGUAGUUUAAGCAGAUCGGUUAGGUGGAACUAGAAGAAAUUGAAUUGUUGAAACGGUAAUUUUUAUCGUUUUAAACGGAGGAGUUACGGAGCAGUAACAUGAACAUAUAUAUUUUAAAAAGAGAUGUGCAUACCUUCCUCACGAAUAUCAUUGCACUAUUUGUAGUAUACUAAAGUAUAUUAUGAUAUACUUUUUGUAUAUUUUAACUAGAUUAUUGUAAGACAUACCAGAAUAUGAAAAAAUAGCUUGCGCUUUUAUUUAUUUUUUAAGUCAUAAAUCGCAUCAAUAAGAUGGGUGUAAAUUGAAUAAUGCUGUGUUGUAAAUAGUAACUACUAGCCUUGAUUGAUAAUCUUCGUAGUGCUGCUUUUAAGAUUGGCCAGUAAAUACUUAUUAGUUAUUAAAAGAAAUACCAUUCAUUUUACGAACGGUAGUAUCGAUUUUAAGAGUUACACGAAUUGCGUAAAUUCCUUGCUGGAAAUGAACGAACUAGAUAUCGCCAAGCAAAAUAUCCUUUCGCAUUUACAUUUUCAGCUAAACAUGCAAUCGAAUUCACAAACUGCGCUCCAGUCGAUUUAUAUAUAUUUGGCAUGUGAAUCAAAAUUAACACCCUCCAAAAUUCAAAUCAAAAUUCCCCGUCUUAUACUGUCCAUGUGUCGUAUAAUGUAUAUUGUCGAAUUAAAGUUUGAAAUAAACAUAAAAAGAAUCAUUCA